AUGACGUGUGAUGGCAAGUAGAAAACAUGUUAGACGAAUGAGAUGUGGGUCACUGUAUAUGGUCACCCAAAAUCUGUUUGGUUGGAUCUUAAGGAGAGGUCUCUUUGUGUGUGUGUGUAUAUAUAUAUUUAUGCAUAUAACGAAAAGAAAUCACUGAUCUCCUCAAUUCAGGGGUACUACCAGUGCCAACAGGUGAAGAAGACGAAAAAGAAAAAGAAGCUUCAUUCUCUCACCCACACACUCUGUGUCAAGAUCUCUCUUUUACGAGAAAAGCAUUGACAUCUUCCAUUUCAGGAGGAUACCAGUAACAGAGAAAGAUGGUGAAGAUUUGCUGCAUUGGAGCCGGAUAUGUUGGAGGGCCUACCAUGGCUGUGAUUGCACUUAAGUGCCCUGAAAUUGAGGUGGCUGUUGUUGACAUCUCUGUUUCACGGAUUAAUGCCUGGAAUAGUGACCAGCUCCCCAUUUAUGAACCAGGUCUAGAGGAGGUGGUCAACCAGUGCAGAGGUAAAAACCUUUUCUUUAGCAUUGAUGUUGAGAAACAUGUCAUGGAGGCAGAUAUAGUCUUUGUUUCUGUCAACACUCCUACCAAAACCCAGGGUCUUGGUGCUGGGAAAGCAGCUGAUUUGACCUAUUGGGAGAGUGCUGCUCGCAUGAUUGCUGAUGUAUCAAAGUCUGAUAAAAUCGUGGUUGAGAAAUCAACUGUCCCUGUGAAAACAGCUGAGGCAAUAGAGAAGAUUCUAAGCCACAACAGCAAGGGAAUCAACUUCCAAAUCCUUUCCAACCCAGAAUUUCUUGCUGAAGGUACUGCCAUCAAAGACCUUUUUAACCCAGACCGAGUUCUCAUUGGAGGUAGGGAAACCCCGGAAGGUGCAAAGGCAAUGCAGACAUUGAGUGAUGUCUAUGCCCAUUGGGUGCCUAAGGAACAAAUUAUUUGUGCUAACCUUUGGUCUGCUGAGCUCUCAAAGCUUGCUGCAAAUGCCUUCUUGGCACAGAGGAUCUCUUCUGUCAAUGCCAUUUCUGCUCUAUGUGAAGCAACUGGAGCAGAUGUCACUCAAGUGUCUCAUUCGGUUGGUACAGACUCAAGAAUAGGGCGCAAGUUUCUAAAUGCCAGUGUUGGUUUUGGUGGCUCAUGUUUCCAGAAGGACAUCUUGAACUUGGUCUACAUCUGUGAGUGCAAUGGCCUUCCUGAGGUAGCAAACUACUGGAAACAGGUCAUUAAGAUCAAUGAUUACCAAAAGAGCCGGUUUGUCAACCGUGUCGUCUCUUCAAUGUUCAACACAGUGUCGGGUAAGAAGGUUGCAAUUCUUGGAUUUGCAUUCAAGAAGGACACUGGUGACACAAGGGAGACCCCAGCUAUUGAUGUGUGCAAAGGGCUGUUGGGUGACAAAGCCCGGUUGAGCAUCUACGAUCCACAGGUUAGCGAGGAGCAGAUUCAGAGGGACCUCUCGAUGAAGAAAUUUGAUUGGGAUCAUCCUAUUCAUCUGCAGCCAUCUAGUCCUACUGCUGUUAAGCAAGUCAGUGUUGUGUGGGAUGCUUAUGAGGCAACAAAGGAUGCUCAUGGAGUAUGCAUUUUGACUGAGUGGGACGAGUUCAAGAAUCUUGAUUACCAGAGGAUUUUUGAUAAUAUGCAGAAGCCGGCUUUCAUAUUUGAUGGGCGAAAUGUUGUGGAUGCAGAGAAGCUAAGGAAAAUUGGGUUCAUUGUUUACUCCAUUGGUAAGCCAUUGGAUGCCUGGCUCAAGGACAUGCCUGCUGUAGCAUAAAAGGCCUCUUUGGAAGUUAGAUCCCUAUGGUAGGCAGGCAGGCGGGCGGGCGGGCGGGUGGAAAGUAUAUCAAAAGUUAAUAUUAUUAAGAGAAGGAUGCGUUAUCCUAUUUUUCAUUUAUUUUUAUUGUUCCUCUAAUUUUGAUAUUUCUUGUUACUAUCUCCUUACCUUGUCAUAGGCUCUUCAACACAGUAUCUCAAUCUGUUCUUCCUCCUGUUAGCUAGUGCAAUAUCUAAAUUCGUUCUUCAAUGUAAUAAGCAAUAAUAAAUCAAAUAAUUUUAAUACUAUUAUCCAUCUAAUUAGAUUGUUUGGUAUAUGAAUAUCAUAUAAAGAAUUAUUUUUAA